AUGUCUUCUCCCGUUCUCGUUUUCGGACCGACUGGAGCGGUAGGCAGCGCCGCUGCCAUUGAAGCACACAGGCGUGGCGCUAAAGUGUACCUAGCCAUGCGCGACACAAAGAAGCCAUUGAAAGGCAUUCAGGAAGAGGGAAACAGUGACAGCUAUGUCCGUAUUCAAGCCGAUCUGGCCAAGCCCGAAACCCUCAAGACCGCGGUCAGUACCUCUGGUGCCAAGACAGCCUUCGUAUACAUCGUACACGAGAUCCAAGACGGCAUGCGAAGCAGCUUCGAAGCGCUCAAGGAGGCCGGUGUAACCUACAUUGUCCUCUUGUCUUCGUUCAAGGUCGAAGACCCUCUAGACUCAGAGGUCAACAAGAUGGAUAUGAUUGGCGCUUUCCACACCACAGCUGAAAGCGCAUUGCGAGCAACUGGCGUCUCGUAUACCGCCGUCCGACCCGCAUAUUUCAACAGCAACGUUUUCUGGAACCUCGCGGACAUCAAGCAGGGCGAAGUCGAGCUCCUCUACCCCAACGUGCGGUUCGAUUACCUCGCUCCCUCAGACAUUGGUACCGUGUGCGGUGCACUUCUCGCAGAGCCGCGGUUCCAGAAAGAAGCGGGCCAGUCGUUCUAUUUGUGUGGUCCGGAGCUCUUCACUCAGCGCGAAGCCCACGCUGUUAUUGGCAAAGCAUUGGGGAAGGAGGUCAAGGUCAAGGAGAUUGACGAGGAGAAGUGGUAUAAGAAGUUGGCGUACAUGCCUAAGCCGAUACUCGACACACUGGCGCGGGGAAUGCGGGAGAGCGACUCUGGACGCGAUGAUCCCUAUCGGAAAAUCUACAAGGAAGCCGUGGAGAAUGUGAGAAAGUACACGGAGCGCGAGCCGAUGAAGCUGGAGGACUGGGUGAAAGAGAACAAGGCCGCAUUCGCGUAG